AUGAACCACCAACCACCGAAACAGCACCAGCACCAGCACUCGAACCCAACCCGUACCCAGAUCCUAGCAGAAACCCUACGCAACAAAUCCACACUCCUCACCUCGCUCUUUAUUCUCUCCUACCAGGGCGCGGAAGUCGCCCUGGGCGGUUGGAUCGUAUCCUUGCUCAUGAGCGCGCGCGGCGGCGACGCCGCGACCGUCGGGUACGUGGCGUCAGGCUUCUGUGGUGGCAUCGCCCUGGGCCGCUUCAUCCUCAGCGGGCUCUGCGGCGCGUGGGCCGAGCGCCGCGCCGUCGUCGCGCUCCUCGCGGGCACGGUGGGCAUGGAGAUCCUCGUCUGCCUCGUACCGAAUGUUAUCGGGCGCGGGAUGAGCGUCGCGCUUGCGGGGUUUUUUACUGGGCUUGACGGAGCGCGCCACACCCGUGCACAAUGGACGUCGUCACCCGCCUGCUCUCGCGCAAACUGCACGUCUCCUCGCUCUCCUUCAUCGCCGCGUUCGGGCAGGGCGCUCUGGCCGUUCACCGCGGGCUUCAUUGCGCAGUUCAAAGGACCGUUUGUCGUGCACCCCGCGGCGAUCGGGAGCUGCGUCCUGAUGGAGGUGCUCUGGCUCCUCCUGCCAAAGGUCCCCAAGAGGGCCAUCUAA